CAACCAGUCAGUCGAGUCCAGGCCGAGCGAGCGGUUGGGCGGUAGGGCGCAGCAGGAUCGUAGCAGUCCUGCCCGAGUGCAUCGCGAGUGUGUGUGCAGUGUGUGAGUGCGUGAGUCUAGCGAUGGCCGCGCCUACAUCCCUCGCCGUGCUGCUGGUGGCCGCGCUGGCCGUCUCCGUGCACGCCGCCGGCACCGACCCCAUGCGGACCAAGGGGCGCCAGGAGCCGAGCGCGCCGACGUCGUCGCCGGCGCCGCCCGCAGCCACGACGCCAUCCGCGCCCGCGGCCCCGGCGGCCGCGGCGGCCGUCGCGUCCUCGGGCCCGUCGGCGCCCACCUCGUCCGGCGGCCCGUCCGGCGGCGAGGAGCCGCCCAGCGGACUAUCGGCGCCCGAUGGCGAUUGUGACCCGGACAACAUCGGCUUUGAGCUCAUCACGGGCUACGUGUUCUCGGCACCCAACGACCUGCUGGACUCGCUGCCGGGCACGCUCAUGCUUACCGACUGCCUGGAGGCCUGCCAGGGCAACGACUCGUGCCAGGCCGUCAACUACGAGACGGGGCUCUGCGUGCUCUUCAGCUCCAACGCCGACACCUACCCCGGCGCCCUCAGCAGGUCGCAGUUCCCCGUGUUCACGAUCUACGCGCAGAAGAGCUGUCUUGGCGUGAAGCCUUGCGAGCGCGCCUGGUGCUUCGACCGAGUGCAGGGAUACCAGCUGUCGGGGUUCACGCGCAAGCAAACGCCGGCCGCGUCCCGACAAGAGUGCCUCGAGCUGUGCCUGGGCGAGCGCGAAUUCCCCUGCAGGUGAGUCGCACCGAGCUUUUCUUUUGCGCGCUUUGCGCUGCAAGACAACAAGUGUUUGUCACACUUCAGCCUCCCCGUCCCGCCCCAGG